AUGGAGACAUACACAUUAUUGAAAGAUUUAACUCUGGGAAGGGGAACAGGCUUCAUCAAAGUUCGGAUUUCAAGGGAAUGGGAAGGGAGAAAACCAGGAGCAACACAUGCCACAACCAAAACCUAUAUCAUUAUUGAUGAAGAGGGGACCCAAGUCCAGGCUGGACCCCUGCAAUUUGGUUUAAUAGCAGAGUUCUCUAAAAGGCUCCUACUUGGAAGUGUAUACUUGAUUUCAAACUACGAUGUAGCUGCUGCACCCGACACGUACAGACCUGUGCCGGGAGAGUACACUGUCAAUUUUCAUAGAAAGACCUCUGUCAAGAAAAUUGGUGAUGUGCCCGCUAUCCCUAUGUUCCAAUUUAAUUUGAAGACUUUCGAAGAAACCAAGGCAAGACUUGGAGAUGUUGUGACUCUUAUAGAUGUCGUGGGAAAGUUGAAAGAUUAUACUCAUAUACAAACUGCCAAAAGCGGAAAAAAGUCAUUAGAUAUUGUCCUUGCAGACAAAAGAGAUGAGAUAAAGGUCACAUUGUGGGAGAAUCAGGCAUUUGAAUUCCUAAAGCUUGAAAAUGAGUACACCCGGGCAAAUGUCAUUGUAAUCAUAACUGGUACUUCCACAAGACUUGUGAAAGGGGAAUUUGUGCUGUGGUCAAGUAGUUCAACACAAUACUUUUUCAAUAUCGACCACUCGGCCGUCACAACACUGCGUGAGAGUACUAAGUUGGAAAAUAGUAUAAUCCCAACACUUGUGCCAUCUAUGAAGAGCCAGGAGCAACAAAAUAUGGCUAAUAUUGAAACUGUGACAAUAGCACAACUAUUUGAGGCACAACUCCCGGAUGGAAAAAAUUUUAUUGAAUUUUACUCCGAAGCAACUGUGAUUGGUUUAUUUCCGAACGAAGGCUGGUAUUAUAUUGGCUGCAACAAGUGUGGGAAAAAAAUGAAUGACUUCGGGCAAUGCAUCAAAUGUUCUCAUAAAACAAAACCAAUACCAAUAUAUAAAGUAACGCUGGCAGUCAAGGAUUCAACUGCCGAUACGUCCUUUGUCAUAUUUGAUAGACAUGUAAUGAAACUAAUAAAGGUCUCAGCACAGCAUCUACUCAACAGUGACCAGAACGCAACACCAGAAAUGAUGCCACCAAUUUUAAAUAAUAUGGUCGGCAGGACUUGCAUAUUUAGGCUCAAACUGAAUCAAUACAAUACAGUUCAGCAUAAAGAAGGCUUCACGGUGAUGGAGGUAGAUGACGUGAAAAGCAACAAACCAACUUCCAAUUCUAAAAUUGAUUCCGGUGAAGAUAGCUCGGAACAUGACUUGGACCACGAAAGCACGGAACCGUCUGAACAUCAUCUGCAGAAAAAGAGAAAAAAACCAAAUGAUGACAAAUAUUCAGACCAAGUACAACCUCCUCCAGAAAAUACAUCAAAGGGCUCUUUAGAAGUAGAACAAGGUCAUGAUGCUCAGAGACAUGCAAAAAAUGGAGGUCAGGUUCCACCACCAAAUUCAGGUACAAAGGGAAGCCCUGGAAACAAAAGUCUUAAGCGUACAAAUACCUAA